UUUCAAUAAGCCAUAUAGCUACAUGCAAAUUUCAUUGAUGCCAGUGUGCGCGGUGGUGGUGGCAAACAGUGACGUAAGAAAUUUUUUACGCUAGGGUGGGCGUGUGUGAUGCUAGUUAUUGAUUCAAUCUCGCGUAACACAUGUUUUUGACACUUGUACGCUCCGUUUCGCGGAGCGAUCUCGGUCGCUUGAAUUCUACAAUGGCUUGAAGCGGAUGUGCUCUUCAUUGUCUCGACACGCGUAACGUCGACGGACAUUCAUUGUCCUGUUUGCCUCGUCGUUUCACGCGAAUGAAAUAUGCCGACAAGAAUGGGCGCAUAGGUUAUAAGGAAAGGGUAGUCCAUCCUAAUGAAUGAGAUACCGUCUCGCGAGUACUCCAAAAUGGAUAACAUGGCAACCGCCGAGUGUCUGACAUUGGAUUUCGGACCGUUCGAGACGGUGCACCGAUGGCAACGUAUGCCGGAAUGCGACGAAUUCGUCGGUGCCAGACGCAGCAAACAUACUAUCGUGGCCUACAAAGAUGCAAUUUAUGUUUUUGGCGGUGAUAAUGGCAAAACAAUGUUGAACGAUUUACUACGCUGUGAUGUGAAAGAGAAGUCUUGGGGUAGAGCAUUCGCAACAGGAACUCCACCUGCGCCACGCUAUCAUCACUCUGCAGUUGUACACGAUUCGUCAAUGUUUGUGUUUGGUGGUUAUACUGGAGAUAUACACUCCAAUUCUAAUCUCAGUAAUAAAAAUGAUCUCUUUGAGUAUCGCUUCCAGACUGGCCAGUGGACAGAAUGGAAAUUUAUUGGACUGACUCCGGUACCUAGAUCUGCUCAUGGUGCUGCUGUGUAUGAUAAUAAAUUAUGGAUAUUUGCAGGCUACGAUGGCAAUGCCAGAUUGAAUGAUAUGUGGACAAUAUCAUUGUCGCCUGGUGAUCACAAAAUAUGGGAGGAAGUUGUUCAAGAGGGUGAGCGUCCACCAACGUGCUGCAAUUUCCCCGUCGCGGUAGCCCGAGAUUCUAUGUUUGUUUUCAGCGGUCAAAGCGGCGCUAAGACAACCAACAGUCUUUUCCAGUUUCAUUUUAAGGAGAGACGAUGGACACGUAUAUCAACGGAGCAUAUAUUACGUGGUGCGCCGCCACCACCCGCACGUCGUUACGGUCACACGAUGGUCAGCUUCGAUCGACAUCUUUACGUCUUCGGCGGUGCGGCUGACUCAGCUUUAUCCAAUGAUCUCCACUGCUACGAUCUCGAUACGCAAACGUGGAAUGUCAUCUUGCCGUCCACUGACAGUCAGGUACCAUCCGGUCGACUUUUUCACGCCGCCGCUGUGAUUGGGGAGGCAAUGUUUAUUUUUGGCGGUACCGUGGACAACAACAUACGUUCCGCCGAAAUGUACCGCUUCCAGUUCUCGUCGUAUCCGAAAUGCACGUUGCACGAUGACUUCGGCAAGUUGCUGAGUAGCCGUCUCUUCUGCGACGUGGAAUUCAUAGUUGGCGAGCUGGACACUAAGAUACCGGCGCACAUAGCCAUGGUGGCGGCACGCUCGCAAUUUCUCCGGGCGCGUAUUCGGCAAGCGCGUGAGAAAAGAGAGCACAAGCAACAAGCGGAACAAAUGUCUAUGAAAGAGCUGCCUCUUCUGGAGGUGAGAUUAAAAGACGCCGUACCAAAGGCUUUUGAGAUGGUACUAAACUACAUUUACACCGAUCGCAUCGAUCCUACCAAGCGGUUUGACGAUAAGAUUGAAGAUCCUCAGAGCAAUCACAUUGUACUUCUUAUGAUGGAUGUGUAUCGUCUUGCCGUGCAAUUCACCAUGGAACGCUUGGAACAGUUGUGCAUCAAUUACCUCGAGGCGACUAUAAACCACGCGAACGUUUUAGAGGCAUUGCGCAAUGCUGUGCACUUGAAGUUAUACUUCAUAAAAGAGUUUUGCCUUAGUUUCGUUGUGAAAGAAAAUAACUAUAAUGUAAUCGUGAUGAGCCAAGAAUUUGAGACUCUGGAUCAGCCUCUCAUGGUGGAAAUCAUCAGACGACGACAAAUGCCGCAGGCCAGAACUUUCACGAAAUACGAAUACGAGUCCGUCACUGUUUUAGGGACCAGCUUGGAGCAAGACAUGCAAGCGUUUUUGAAGAGCAGCGGUCGGGAAUUUUGCGACAUUACGCUGAUACUGGACGGCAUACCGAUACCAGCGCAUAAGGCCAUCCUCGCGGCGCGAUGUAGUUAUUUUGAAGCGAUGUUUCGGUCUUUCAUGCCCGAAAACAAUAUGGUGAAUAUACAAAUCGGCGAAAUGAUACCAUCAUCGGAAUCAUUCCACUCCUUGCUGAGGUACAUUUAUUAUGCGGACGUUUCCAUGCCUCCUGAGGACUCAUUGUAUCUGUUUACCGCGCCGGUUUUCUAUGGUUUUACGAACAAUCGACUCCAGGCGUUCUGUAAACAGAAUCUUGAAAUGAACGUUACUUUCGAAAAUGUUAUACAGAUUUUAGAGGCGGCCGACAGGAUGCAAGCUACUGAUAUGAAGAAAUAUGCCCUGAAUCUAAUAGUUCAUCAUUUUAGUAAGGUUGCAAGGCUUCCAAGUCUGAAACAAUUAAGCCGCGAACUUUUACUGGAUAUUCUCGAGGCGUUGGCUGAUGAACGCAGCGAAGCUAAAACUUGUCUAGAUAUGACGAAUGAUUGCUGACGGAUUUCUACCUCAGAUCGUCGUCCGUGUAGCUGGGAUUUACCAUGUAGCAUCCAGGAACUGUGUCGGUUGAAUUUUAUGCUCAUAGGACGUACGAUUCUGUUCGUUGGUAACUGUUAUCUCGACAACGCGGCGAAGUCUUGCCUAACGGAUAUACCGACUCUGCUGCCAUUGUCGACGACUACAUCGUCCGCCUCACUUCACGAUGAAUCGCCAUCGUGCAAUACUGAUCAUUCAGUUGCAUCGUCUCGUUAUGGUGAUGACAGAAGGCAAAACCGAUGGUCUUCUAUCACUCGUCGUUGUUCCGUCAGCUGCAAUAUGUUGAGACGCACCGUUGUUGCUCUAUCGGAUUUAAAAAGUUGUUCCCGUAAUCGAGAAUGUGAACACUAAAACGGCAAUAACUUUUGUCGUGUAAUAGAACUAUUUCUUGCAUGACAUAAAACUAUGCCAUCUGAAGAAAUCGAUAUACUAAUUCAAUGACUGUGUACGCAGAUAUUCUGUUUGCUGUAACAGAACGUUAAAGACAUAUAUGUGCACAGAAUGUGCGGAAAGAUACCAUUUUCCAUGGAUGAAUUAAUGUUCAUACAUCAUUAUGUACAUUUUCUUGUUACGAUACCGAUUAUAUUUAUUUAUACAUAAUGUUAUAAAAUUUGAGUAUAAGAAGCAGUGCUGCGGUAGAAAAAUUGGCAAGAGGUUAAAUAAUGAAAUUUUUUAUUAUUUAGAUUGCUAUAAAUUCUUAAUUUGCUGUUUUUAUUAUAAAUGUUAAAGUUUGUAAAAUAUAUAGAAAAUGUCUAUUUGCUAAAGGAAAUGUUAUUACUGAAACAUGUAAAUUUAGCAAAAUUAUUUGCUUGAUCAUUUUCGCAGGUGUCAAUUUUUUAUUAAGUAACAUUUGAUAUAGGUUUAUCUUCUACAAAAUGAUACAUAAGUAGUAUAAUUUUUUUUUACUUUAUUCAUGCGAGAAGUUGAAGUGAUUGAUGAAAAUGAAUGCUAUGUAUGUUGUCGAAUAUAAAUAUAUUUUUAAAAUGUUUUGUAGAGUCGUUUUGAUAUAAAGUAUCUACAAUUAAAUAUAUGUGUGUGUAUGACUGUAUAAUACCAAAUCAAAUCUAGAUUAUACACCAGUGUAUAAAUCAAAUGAUUAAACCACAAAGAGCAUCUAUAUUUUCAUUUCAAUAACAAUAUAAUAAAUUUAAUUAAAC